AUGGAUCUCUACUCGACCUCGUUCACCAUUCCGCGCUCGAUCGGCGUUAGCAGUUUCGUCUCGGAUGCUGCAACAAAUCCAAAUGGCAACAUAGCCGCAGCCUCGUCCUCGAGCUUCAGUCUCGAGGCGGCCCGCCCUGGCUCGCACGUAGGCGCUCGUCCCACGCCGCCCUCAGCGCCGACUGCUGCCGAGCCGCCGGCCUCGUCACUGCCUGGUCGCUUUACCUCCAUGCGCUCUCGAUUCCCGCCUAGCGUCAAGGCUUUCAUGCCCAGCGCCUUCGGCGGCAAGCGCACCAGCGACAGGAUCGUCGAAAGCGUCGGCGCAGAAAAGGAAGAAGCAGAUGCUUCGACCGGUCCCUCUGCACAGCCUGCCAAUUCAGAAACCGAGCAGCCGGCGCCACUGGCACCCAUCGGCGAGAGAGGCAACGCUCGCCCUUCAAAGCUCGGCAAUCCGAGCGUCAGUAACACUGACGAUAUCGUCGGCAAUCAACAUCGAGACAGCAGAUCCACCGUCGGCACCCGCUCAAGCUUUGACGUUUCGUCGGCAGCAUCCUUCACGGCAGACAGUACCGCAGCAAGCAGCGCUAUAGGCGUCAAUCCGUCCAGCACCACCCACUCGGCUUCCAACUCGAUCUCGCUCAACCAUGCGCAGCAAGAACGCGGCAUGUCGCACUCGCAGAGCAGCAAGGACCUCCAAGAAGCUAUCCAAAAGCUCAGCUCGGAUGUAAUGGCCAACCAUCAAUGUCUCGUCUCCUUCGCUCCCGUGCCGCAGAACGACGAUUCUCGCGUACCCGCGACCCCGCUCUCGCAUCCUUUUCCUCGUCAGAGCUCCUUCUCAUCAUUGCAAAGCCUCGAUCAACUGCCUUUCCCCAACCCCACCGGCUCAGGUUAUCCGUACCAGCAGUAUCAUCCGCAGCCUAUCGGCACCCCAGACUCGCAUUCGUCUGCCUUCUUCCCUGGGCGCGCCGGUGGAGAAGCGCUGGGAGCCGGAUUCCCUGGGCUCAACGCAAGCUCACUCUCACUCUCCUCGCUCAAUCCGCCCCAGUCGGGGAGCCACGUGGCCCAAGAAGUGGGUCUCUCAUCUGCCCAUCCGCUUCGAUCGCCCAAUACCAACUCACUUGGCGCUCCACGAUCCAGCCUGAGCGGCGUGCCCAAGCCGCCACAGUACAACUUCCAUCUCAGCGGUAGCUACCAACAGGUCAUGAAUGCCCGAGGCUCCAUUCUGCGCGAGAAUCCUUUCAAGUCGACCUCUACCGUCAAAGUAGCUCGUGCCGACGUAUUUGAUGUUGCGCCCGGCUCGUCGCCGCCUGGGAAAGAGGGCAUCAAGGAAGAUGUCCGUCGCAAGUUCGACGAGGUACAAUCUAUGACCGGCGCUACCAUUACGCUCAGGAACAGCGAGAUCCGCAGCGCUGAUCUUGGUUACGGCCUCGAGACCGAGCGCAUCGUGGAGGUGCUCGUCUCGGGAUCUUUCGAGAGUGUCGAGUUGGCCCGUGUCAAGGUCCUGGUCAUCCUGGACGAGAUCGCCGGGCUGAAAUCCGAGACCUGCGAGAUCGAUCCCAAGCUGCACAGUAUCAUCGGCGGGCGAAAGCGCUGCGUGGUGCAAAAGAUCGAGGAGGAGACGGGCACCAGCAUCUAUUUGCCAAGCUCGUUCCUCGGCACAUUCGGCUCGGGUCUCGCCAGCCGCAGCGAUGGCAAGGGAGUCGCGGCCCAUCAGAACCAGAUCCACAUCACGGGCGAAUUCUUUGGUGUGCAGCGCGCUCGUGACAUGCUGUUCCAGGUGUCCAUGCAUAAGAGCAAGGGCAUCAUCUCACGAGAUGCCGCUAUCCUGCCUCGCAAGCUCGAUUGGAUGCUCACCGAGCGUCUCGAGGAGCUGAGGUCCAUCAUGAUUGACAACGGCACCUUCGUCGCUUUCCCAUUGCUCGGCAGCCAAGCCAGCGUCAUCUCGGUCUUUGGCGACCACCGCGUCAACAUUGAACGUACCAUCAGAUCCAUCAUGCAGCUUGCCUGCCAGUUCUACGUCGCAUCGCUCUGGCUGCUGCCCGUUGGCUUCGACGUCUACAUGCCUUCGCCGCAGGCCAACCUCAAUCCGACGCAAGUGGCGCCGGUGCUCAAGCACGUCGCCAACGCAUCGGGCGCCGAGGUGGUCUUCAAGAGCAACUGCUUCGAAAUUCACGGUCUCGAGUCCGAGGUGCGCACCGCCGUAUCGGCGCUUCUCGAGAUGGACCUGAUCAAGAGCUUCAACUUUGAAGUGCGCUUCCAGAUCGAGCUUGCCAACGAGCAUCGCGAAUUCAUCUCUGGCAAGAAGAACGGCAAGGUCAACAAGGUCAUGAAGCAGUGCGGCGUCCGCAUCAAGUUCGAGACGUUCAACGACUACAACUUCUUGAUCGAUGUCUCGGGCAACGACCGUAACGGCGUUCUGCAGGGCCUUGGGCUCCUGCAAGAGGAGCUGCCCGCCGAGAUGUCGUUCCACGUACCGGAGGCGUACCACAAACGCAUCAUUGGCGUCGGCGGCAAGAACAUCCAGCGCAUCAUGAAGAAGUUUGGCGUCUACGUCAAGUUCAGCAACGCUGAGGAGUUCGCAGCGCUGGGUGGCUACCUCGACAACGAAGACAACGUCAUUGCUCGAACGCCUGCCAAAAAUGCUGCCAAUCUCGAGAACCUAAAGCUCUCGGUCAUGGAGCUGGUCAAUCCUAAGGACAAGGACUACAUCAGCGAGACGGUCACCAUCUCUCGCCGAUAUCAUAGAACCCUGCUGGGCGAAAAGGCCAUCUUCAUCCACGAUAUCGAGAGCAAGACCAGCUCAAGCGUGCGCUUCCCUGCCAGAGAGUCGGCCUCGGACUUGGUCACCAUCUUUGGUCCCGAGUCGCAAAUCCACAUUGCCGCCCAGAUGCUGCUGGAUCAUGUCCCCUUCGAGGCGGAGUUCCGCGCUCCCAACUCUACCGAGCUGGCUGACGCUAUCCAGACAGACGAGUUCACCGCGCUCGCCGAGCAGCUGAAGCGCGAUCUCAGUAUCGCUGUGUCGCCGGUCAUCGAGCAGCGACGCCCCGGAGGUGAGGCUGUCUUCAAGCUGCAACUCAAUCGGAGCAACACCGACUUCCUGCCCACGGCAAAGGACGCCAUCGAGGAUUUCCUCAUCAACCGCAACGCCAACAUCUACGCUGCACCGUCUCGAGCGCGCUCCGACUCAUUCGCUUCGGCUUUCCCGCACUUUGCCAACAAACUGAUCUCCACCGCCGCAGCCGCCGAGUCGAACGAGUCGUUCCACACCACCACUGCUACCGCAGCCGCAGCCGCCGCAGCUGCUGAACAAGCGCGCGUCAACGAGCGUCGAUUGCGAGUCGCCGCCUCGACACCGGACAUCAAAGCGCUUUUCGACUCACCGGCGCAACAUUUGCAUGGCGGUCCAGGCUUCCCGUCGAGCAAUGGCGGAAGUGCUUCUACAGCUGCCAACUCGCCCAUGAUCACGUCCUCACUUUACGCAUCGCCAUACAGCAACGGUCCUGGCUUUGGUAGCGACGUCUGGGGUGCUCCGACACGCGCCUUCACCGCCAGCUCCGCUAGCAGUGCUACGCCGAGCCUGAUGGGGCUGCCACCUCCUUCCGUCGGCGCACCGGCUCUUCCAAGCCCAGCCGGACCUGGCCCCAUCGGGUCCGGAGGUGUACCGCAGCCUGGAGGUAUCCAAUUCCCGUCACAGCCGAACCUGCAUCAUCAGCAGAGCGCACAUCGACUCUCGGACGAGAUGCACAUGAAUCGUGGACUGGAUGGUAUGUCGAUGGAAGACCGUGUCAAGGCGCUCCGAAAGCCGCGGUCGUUCGCUCAUCGAGCUCAGAGCCUCGACAUUGGAGCCAUGGCAGCACAGCAAGCUUCGCAGCACGCCAGCGGAAGCAUGAGUGUCGGUCCACCCACGCCGUACGGCCUUGGUCCCAUCGGUACCGGCGCGCCCGGCAUGCCUGGCUUCCCCGGUCUGGGAAGCUCGCAGACCAGUUUCAGCGGCGGCGCGCCUCAUCAUCUCUACCAGCCCCCCACCCCGCAGCAGCACGCCCAGCAGGCGCAGCAGCAGCACCAAUACCAGCAACAGCAACAGCAGCAGCAAGGCUAUGGCGUGCCUCACCAGCACAUGCACGCGUCGUCGGCUAGCAUCUCGCGACUUGCACCCGGUCGCCAUGGUCAAAAUCCGGAUGCUUCCACGAUGGACGAGGUGAGCCGCGUGCUUGCUCAGCUCGCUUUUGAUCGGAACUGA